GAGUAGGGCAGGAGUCUGGAACUCUAUUUUAAGACCCUCUUAAAACAACAUAAGAAAGUCAUGGAGAAGAAUGGGAAUAACCGGAAGCUACGUGUUUGUGUCGCUACUUGCAACCGUGCUGAUUAUUCCAAACUUGCCCCGAUCAUGUUCGGCAUUAAAACGGAACCUGACUUCUUUGAGCUUGAUGUGGUGGUACUUGGCUCUCACCUGAUAGAUGACUAUGGAAACACAUAUCGCAUGAUUGAACAAGAUGACUUUGACAUUAACACCAGGCUGCACACGAUCGUCAGAGGAGAAGAUGAGGCGGCCAUGGUAGAAUCAGUAGGCCUGGCUCUGGUCAAGCUGCCAGAUGUGCUCAAUCGCCUGCAGCCUGAUGUCAUGAUUGUUCAUGGAGACAGGUUCGAUGCCCUGGCUUUGGCCACAUCUGCUGCUUUGAUGAACAUCCGAAUCCUUCACAUUGAAGGUGGGGAAGUCAGUGGGACCAUUGAUGACUCUAUCAGACAUGCCAUAACAAAACUGGCUCAUUACCACGUAUGCUGCACCCGAAGCGCAGAGCAGCACCUGAUAUCCAUGUGUGAGGACCAUGAUCGCAUCCUUCUGGCAGGCUGCCCUUCCUAUGACAAGCUUCUCUCAGCCAAAAACAAGGACUAUAUGAGCAUCAUUCGGACGUGGUUAGGUGAUGAUGUAAAAGCUAAAGAUUACAUUGUGGCACUACAGCACCCUGUGACCACUGACAUUAAACAUUCCAUAAAAAUGUUUGAAUUAACAUUGGAUGCACUUAUCUCCUUUAACAAGCGGACCCUGGUUCUAUUUCCAAAUAUUGAUGCAGGGAGCAAAGAGAUGGUUCGAGUGAUGCGGAAGAAGGGCAUUGAGCAUCAUCCUAAUUUCCGUGCAGUUAAACACGUCCCAUUUGAACAGUUUAUACAAUUGGUAGCCCAUGCGGGUUGCAUGAUUGGGAACAGCAGCUGUGGGGUGCGAGAGGUUGGAGCUUUCGGAACACCCGUGAUCAACUUGGGAACACGGCAGAUUGGAAGAGAAACAGGGGAGAAUGUUCUUCAUGUUCGGGAUGCUGACACCCAGGACAAAAUAUUGCAAGCGCUGCACCUUCAGUUUGGUAAACAGUACCCGUGUUCAAAGAUAUAUGGAGAUGGAAAUGCCGUUCCCAGGAUUCUGAAAUUUCUCAAAUCUAUUGAUCUUCAAGAGCCAUUACAAAAGAAAUUCUGCUUUCCUCCCGUGAAGGAGAAUAUUUCUCAAGAUAUUGACCAUAUUCUUGAAACUCUAAGUGCCUUGGCUGUUGACCUGGGUGGGACAAACCUCCGGGUUGCAAUAGUCAGUAUGAAGGGUGAAAUAGUUAAGAAGUACACUCAGCUCAAUCCUAAAACCUAUGAAGAAAGAAUUAAUUUAAUCCUACAGAUGUGUGUGGAAGCUGCCGCAGAAGCUGUCAAAUUGAACUGCAGAAUUUUGGGAGUAGGUAUUUCCACGGGUGGCCGGGUAAACCCUCGGGAAGGGAUCGUUCUCCAUUCAACAAAACUGAUCCAAGAGUGGAACUCUGUGGACCUCAGGACGCCUCUGUCUGACACGUUGCAUCUUCCUGUGUGGGUAGACAACGACGGCAACUGUGCUGCCCUGGCAGAAAGGAAAUUUGGCCAAGGGAAGGGCCUGGAAAACUUUGUGACACUUAUCACAGGCACAGGAAUUGGCGGUGGCAUCAUCCACCAGCACGAAUUGAUCCACGGAAGCUCCUUCUGUGCUGCAGAACUUGGCCACCUCGUCGUGUCUUUGGAUGGGCCCGACUGUUCAUGUGGGAGCCACGGGUGUAUCGAAGCAUAUGCUUCUGGGAUGGCCUUACAGAGGGAAGCAAAAAAGCUACAUGAUGAGGACCUGCUCCUGGUAGAAGGGAUGUCAGUGCCAAAGGAUGAGGCGGUGGGUGCCCUCCAUCUCAUCCAAGCUGGGAAACUUGGCAACGUGAAGGCCCAGAGCAUUUUACGGACUGCUGGCACAGCCUUGGGUCUCGGCGUUGUGAACAUCCUGCACACGGUCAAUCCUUCCCUUGUGAUCCUCUCCGGAGUCCUGGCCAGCCACUACAUCCACACUAUCCAAGACGUCAUCCGCCAGCAAGCUUUGCCUUCAGUUCAGGAUGUGGACGUGGUAGUUUCCGAUUUGGUAGAUCCUGCCCUGCUGGGUGCUGCCAGCAUGGUCCUGGACUAUACAACUCGCAGGAUCUACUAGGUGUUCCACGGCUGGCCCGGGCCCGAGUCUCCAGAGCAAUAGAUGUAGUGAAAUCAAGUUCUUACCUUUUUGAUAAUCAAUUGAAAAAAAGCAGGUGCCUCUUGAGCAGAGAAAUAAGCAGUUUUUACAUUUUGUCUCCCUUUCCAGUCACCUUUCCCAACCCCUGCUUUGUAGAAGCUCCUUCUCCGAAUUUGAGUCAUUUCAAACCCUGUUCCAGUCACCACGUUGGUGUCCGGGAGCCCCAUGGAGUUGCCGACUAGCUGUGCACCUGGUACACCUUCGAGCUGCAGGCCUGACUCACGCGGGAGAGGGACCCUAGUCUGGAUGAGUCAUUCUCCUCUUCCAAUUCGGCACCCAGUUCACAGAUGCAGCUCCAGUCCGAGGGCUCACCACACAAGGUUUGAGGACUUUCACGAAAGGCAGCUUUGUGGAGCUCUUUGAUAGGCUUUGGUACAGGCAUGUUCCCUGAGAAGCAGUCAUCACACUCAAGACAUCAGACCGAUCUGUCACCCAAAUGUGAUUUAUUGAAUGGUGUCGUUUUGAUACUCCAGCAGAACUGAGGGACUUUAUAUAAAGUCCAAGGAUAUGAAUCAUGAUGCCCUUGGGAACCUUUGUCCUUAUCUUCUUAGGGACAGCUGAAAAGCCACUGGGACAGCUUUUGAAAGGAGAUUAACUGUCCCCAAAAGAUCACUGUUAACUGAUGCCUCGCCCUCCAAUAGCUUUCCUAUCAGGUGGAAAAGGACCCACACCCUUAAGGCCAGUGCUGGUACGUGCUGUAACAGUGUCCAGAUCUGAGAGUCUGAACCCUGUUAAUAAGAUUCAGUGCUCUUACUGGUAUCAAAAUACAAGGGCCAAGGCAAGAAGGUGGUCAGCAAUUUUAACCUGCAAGAAAUACUAGUAGUCACCACUGAUAUAGGGCCUACCGUACACCAGGCUCUGAACUAGGGGCUUCAUAUACAUUGUCCUAAAUCCUCACAAAUUUUGAGUAUGUGAGAGAAAAAUUAGAGCUGUUUAAAUGAUGUGCCUAAAGCCCCAGCCCAUUGUGCUUUUUCUGCUCAACCAUCAAAAAAGACUUCAGAUGUAAAUAUACCCAAAUUGACUCCAGGCUACCCAAAACUUUAGUAAUACUGUCUGGCUUGGACGUAACUAGAUGCAUCCUUGACCCUGUCUCAGCUGUGAGCCAAUCACGUGUCGCUCUGCCUGCACAGUAUUUGGUCUAGACUGGUGACAGGUUCUUAUGGGUACUUUUAAAUGACCUAAAAAUGGAGAGCUCUGUUUGUCAGAUCUUUUUAUCUUAGGAAAACCUUGGGGAUUCGACAACAUAUUUGCUUCAGUGUUAACAUAUAAAGUAUAUUGAAAGAUUCAAACUCACAUCUGAACUGCCUGCCUUCCUGGUGGAUCAAUGUGAAAAGUUGGUAAGAGGUUGGCAAAUUUCCUGAAAACCUGCCAGCCCUUGAGUCAGCUCCCAGUCCUGGUUCUGGUUGAAACAUUCCAUGGUGACUCUUGUGAAGGGAGCGAGCCUGCUCAGCUAUCAAGGUCUGGGCGAGGUGGUGAAGGGCACCACUCAUCCCAGCAGCUGCACUGCUAGCAAGUUUCACACCAAACAUUGAAAGGAUCAUACCGAAUAAAAAUCCAAAUCGUAAGUUUUUAUUAAAUCCAUGGAAAGGCUAAUAUAUUCAAAUGAUUACAUAUAGUUAACGACAUUAAGUUAAAAUCUUAAUUUAUUUUGAUGUAAAUAUAUUAUUCUGAGCCAAAUUUUAAAGAAAAAAAAAUAUAUUUCUUUGUGGAAAUUCUGAUACUCUGGUAUCUUUUUUUAACUCACUAGCUAAAAGCAUUUCUAUAAAACCCUUAAAAGGUUGUCUAAUUUAGGGCAACUAAUAGUACCCAUCUCUCAACCCUAGUCUUUUAUAAACAGGAAGUAUUGUUAGAGAAUUUCAAAUAUGACAGAAAAAGCCAACUGGCCCCUAAAGGUUUGAAACUAAAUAUGGAAGCACCCAGGUGGGCCCCAGGCCAACUCCCUCCUCUUCUGAAUCAUCAUGGGAAUAAAAAAAGUGUGAGUUGA